AAAAGGGUGAAUAAGAGGUGAAUGGAAUUGGCGCUUAAGGAAGCGAGGAUUCUGGUACUUGAGGAUAUAACCUAUGUUGGGCUCAAAGUGCUCAAAUCUCUAGAAGAUUAUGGCUUUCACCAGUGUAGAAAUGGAUGAUGCCUUUGACUACUUGUUCAAGAUCAUUCUAAUUGGAGACUCAAAUGUGGGGAAGACAUGUGUGGUCCAUCGCUUCAAGUCAGGACAAUACCAUGCAAAGCAGCAGAACACUAUUGGGGUUGAUUUUACAGUGCGUUCCCUGGAAAUUGAUGGCAAGAAGGUGAAGAUACAAGUGUGGGAUACAGCAGGCCAAGAACGCUUCCGCACAAUAACUCAAAGUUAUUAUCGCAGUGCCCAUGGUGCUAUUCUUGCCUAUGAUAUAACCAGAAGAUCUACAUUUGAGUCUAUUCCUCAUUGGAUUUAUGAAAUUGAAAAAUUUGGCGCAGCAAACUUGGUCUUAAUGUUGAUUGGGAACAAAUCAGAUGAAACAGAGAAACGGCAAGUCCUGUUUGAAGAUGCUUGCACAUUGGCAGAGAAACACAGUCUUCUGGCUGUAUUGGAGACAUCUGCCAAGGAGGCCCAAAAUAUUGACGAGGUCUUUAUCUUGAUGGCUAAGGAACUGAUGGCUAGGAAUACCUUACAACUUCAAGGGGAGAAUGGCUCUUCACACAACAUCCAUUUGGACGCUAGGCCAGUGAUGGUCUCACAGACUGAGACAUCCAACUGCUCAUGUUGAUAAAAGGCUACAAAUUCCACCGCUCUCUUCCAUUACAAGAAUUUCCAUCUAGCCUCAUUGUAUCAUCCUGGUAUACUUCAGCCAUGUCAUUUUUGCUGCAUAUCAUUAUCUGGAAACAGAAGGUUUUCUUUGUUCCACUGGUCAGCAACAAGCUGCAUAGGCGCAAACUAGCACUGGAGUUUUUCAGAUGAAGGGGUUUUUUGGCAGCCGUGAGCUCAUCCAGAGAAGAAUGUCUGUGAAUACUUCUGAUAAGUCACCUGCUUCUAUCAAUCUUUGGCUGCUUUUUGCUGGUGGCUAUGAAAAAAAUGGUUGGUUUAAAAGUCAGGCUUUCUUGUACUGUAUAUACUGUAUUUAGUUCAGAGAUGAUCGAGUUGUUGGUAGCAAUUGAGUCAAAUUAUUGUGGCUAAAUACUGAAUCAGUGUUUUAAAAAUAGCAGUUUAAGCAAGUACAAAGAUAUCUGUCUAGUCAGUUUCCUAUCUCAGAUUGCCAUUAACAAUGUUUGUUUAAAGUUUAACAAGGGAAUCUUGUUUAGGGUGUGUUUUUGGCUUCCUCAGCUGUUUGACUUUGUGCACAGACUACCAGUGAAUGAUUGUGAUGGUCAAGAGAUAUACCUAAAAGAGUGCAUGGAGAAUAUUCUGCUGUGAAAUUAAAUGUUGAUUUCAGUUAUGUCAUUGUUUUCUAGCAUGUGAAACAACUGCUUCGAGGCGGUUCCACAAAACAAAAGCUUAGCAAAGUUGUACAGACCACUCCAGAAAUACACUGAAAGUACAGCACUAAAGCAGUGCAUUUUUGACACAGUUACCAAAAAUAUAAUAAACUAUAUACUGUACUGUAGCUUUCUUUAUACUAGCACUUAGUAGCUUUUAAUAUUUAUCAUAUUAAUUUGUUACUAGUAUGUUUUCUGUAGGUGAAUAUAGGAAAUUUUCUAUAUCCAUUCUUUUUCAAAAUUACUGGAAGGCACCUGUGAAUAUACAGUAUUGCAAUGGGUGAGUAGUAAAUUAUGGAUUUUUUUUCUGGUUGAUUAUGGGAAGGCUGGUCUCAUUGGCCACGGUAUUAAUAAUCAAGAAACUGAGUUCUCUUUUUUGGGUGUUCGUGAUUCUUUUGCCUUGCAUUCCCAAGCAAGACAUUUCUUAGGAAAUAACUCUAAUAAUUUAUUUCUUAAGAUAGAGAGACUGUGAGUUUUCUAUUUUGGUUAAGAGCUUUUUAUGCUUGUGAGGCCAAUUUGAAAAAAAAAAAAAGCAUAGGA